CAGUUCCAUUUUAUAUUUCAACCAAUACAUAACUUGUAACUGAACAGCAAUAUGAAUAACAUAAUACAAUUUUUAUUUGUUUUAAUUUUAAUAUUUCAAGCAGUAUUUGGAUUAACAGUUAAAAAUGCACAGCAUUGCUUCGAUGUUCUAGAUAAAUUGCCUAAAAAAGAAAUUGAACAUAUUUACUAUAUGAAUUUCAAAGAUGUGGCUCAUACCCAUCCGGCUACUGACAUCCUAAGUUGUUAUCUACGAGAAUCACAUCACGGAGAUAAAACUCCAACUGAACAAUAUUUUGAUGUCUACAAAAAAUGUGAUGAAUUUAGAGGAAAAAACUUUGAACCCUUUGGCUAUCAUGAAUUACAAGAAUUGGUGUCAUUAGGUCUUCCCUACAACUUGGAAAAAUAUUUACUUAUAAAAAUGAAAACGGGUAAUAAAAAGGAGCUAGAACAAGGUAUACUUUAUGUACAGGAUGUCAUGAGUAAAGACAUUGAACUCAGUCGUUACUAUAAAGACUAUAAAUAUUAUAUUUUGAUAAAAUAUAAACCAAAGCGUGAGCCAACUCAAGCGGAUUCAAAGUCAAUUUUUGUGGAUUUGGAAGAUAGAUUGUACUAUAUUUUACGAAAUAUAUGGGGAUGAAGUUGUAGAAGUGUGAAUAAAAUGUGUGAAAGAAAUAUUAAAUGCAAA